AGAGAACCUCUCUAACGGUAGACUGUUCCGCCAUCUAUCAUCACUUAAAUCAAACAAACGGCGUCUUCAAGAUAUGGCCACAUUUUCUGAACCACUUAAUCUCUGUAUACUGUGAUAUGGAGACUGUAGGGGGAGGAUGGACGAUAAUUCAAAGAAGGGGUGAUUUUGGAAACCCGGUUGAGGACUUUUACCAAACAUGGACUAGUUACAAAACUGGAUUUGGAAAUUUAACCAGAGAAUUUUGGUUAGGAAAUGACGUCAUAUUUGCCUUAACCAAUCAACACAAUGUGGUACUUCGAAUCGAUUUAGAAGAUAUGGAAGGUGAUCAAAGAUAUGCAGAAUAUGAUGAGUUCUUGGUGCGAAGUGAAAGGGAAGUGUAUAAAAUCAGUUAUAAAACGUACAAGGGUGACGCAGGAGACUCGCUUUCAACCCACAAUAACAUGAUGUUUUCCUCCAGGGACAGAGAUAAUGAUAAAUGGGAGAAGAACUGUGCCACGACUUACAAAGGUGGCUGGUGGUAUAAUAAUUGUCAGUACUCUAAUUUAAACGGUUUGUAUCUUAGGGGACCACAUGAAGAAUUCGCCGUUGGUAUUAAUUGGUAUCAUUGGAAAGGACAUAAAUAUUCUCUGAAGAAAAGUGAGAUGAAAAUACGACCUGAUGGAUUUGUUUCCAAGAAAGAACCAUAAAAAUGAAAC